CUGGGGAUUGCUAUUUGACCUCGGGAACCGUCCCAGUCCAGUCAGUCCAGUCAGUCUAUUCAGUCCGCCAACCUGAUGGUUGAAGGCCUGAGAGGGGAUGGCCGUUUGAUGACCAAGACCAUGAGUCACUCCCAGAUGCUGUGGUGCAAUCAAUCGACAUUGUUCUGGCGGCCCUUGUCGAAUGAACAUUCACAGUCCUAACUUAGGUGUUUACAUUGUUCAUAGCCCCAAUAAAACAUUGUGGAAAAGAGAACUUGUCCGGGCCCUCAACUCCAUUCCUGAUUCAUCUGUCCGAUAGAUCACUCACCGCCCCCGCCAUGAUGUCCGGUUUUUCGGGCUUCGACCUCUUUGAUCCGGGUACGUCGGACGAACCCGCUUCGUGGGAUGAUUUGGGCUGCCUAUCGGCCUCGGCCUUUCUGGCCCAAUCCAAGCCCGUAUCCAGACGGGUUCUCCCGCCCCGAUCCAAGACGGCUAUCGAUCUAACGCACUUGAAGACACAGCCUAUUGGUACGUUCCGCAUCCGGACCCGCAUGCACUCGUCGCACAGCGAGGGCGAUUUCACCUCAUUGCCGCCCGAGCCUCAACAGGGCAACAUUGAGUACAAGCUCAAACUGGUCAACCCCACCGAGCAACGCCUUGAACAUCUAGUCACGCAAAUGAAAUGGCGAUUACGCGAAGGACAAGGUGAGGCCAUUUACGAGAUCGGCGUCGAGGACAAUGGCCUGAUGACCGGUCUCUCCGAAGAGGAUCUGACCUCGAGUUUGGACACGUUACGGGAAAUGGCUCGCCGAUUGGGCGCCACCAUCAACGUGCUCCGGGAAAAGGUCACCACGACCGAGCAUGGAUUACGUACGGUGGCCGAAGUGUUGGUCAGGAAAGUUCCUGACGAUCAGCAAUGUAUUGACUUGCGUGUGUGUGUCUUGGGCAAUGCGGAUGUGGGUAAAUCCACUCUGGUGGGUGUGUUGACCCAAGGCCACUUGGAUAAUGGUCGAGGGCGGGCCCGUUUGAACAUGUUUCGCCAUCUCCACGAGAUUCAAUCUGGACGCACAUCGUCCAUCUCCCAUGAGCUUUUGGGAUUCGAUGCCGAUGGACAAGCCAUUGAUUAUGUCCAGUGCAAUACGGCUGAGGAGAUUUGCGAGCACUCCAGCAAGCUCAUCACGUUCAUUGAUUUGGCCGGACAUCAAAAGUACUUGCGAACCACGAUAUCUGGACUGACGGGAUAUUGUCCUCAUUAUGUGAUGUUAGUGAUAAGUGCGAGUGCGGGCGUGGUGCCGAUGACCCAGGAUCUGCUUUCCAUGGCCGUGGCUUUGGAGGUUCCCUUCUUUGUGAUGGUUACCAAAGUGGACAUGACUCCCAAGCCCAAACUUCAAGCCACUCUUGCCUCUCUCCAAAGCCUUCUCACCAGUGUCGGAGCCAAUAAAGUGCCCCUCGUCGUCAAAACAGCCGACCAUUGCAUUACAGCGGCGGGAAACGCCCUCAAGGAGAAUGUGGUGCCGAUUUUCUGCGUCAGUGCCGUCACCGGGACCGGCUUGACCCUGGCCAAGAAGUUCCUCCAUCUCCUCCCACCUGGUGCCGGGCUCAAAGAGCAGGAGAAACUGGAGCAAGACCAUCCCGAGUUCCAGAUUGACGAGAUCUUCGACGUGCCUCAUGUGGGUACAGUGGUUGGUGGGCUGGUCACUCAAGGCAUCAUUACGGAGGGCAUGACCAUGAACCUGGGACCUUUCCCUGAUGGCCACUUCCAAUCUGUGAGUGUGAGCUCAAUCAAACGGAACCGCGCUGGAUGCCGCUUGGUUCGUGCCACACAAUCGGCGGCCUUGGCCAUUGACUUUCCAUUUUCGGAUCUGCGCCGAGGCAUGAGUCUUGUGGAUCCUCGAGCCACGGAAACCCACGCCUGUCUGUAUUUCCAGGCCAAGAUUUCGGUGCUAUUCCAUCCUAAGGCCAUUUCGCCCGGAUUUCAGACCAGUGUUCACAUUGGUAAUGUGCGACAAACCGCCGUUAUGGAGGCCAUUAUUGCCGCCAAGGGCUUGCAAAACAACGACCAAGCCUCUGUGAUCUUCCGGUUUAUUCGACAUCCGGAAUACAUCAAAGUAGGGCAGAGACUGCUUUUCCGAGAUGGCCGAUCCAAAGGGAUCGGGAAGAUCACCCAGAUUUUCCCCUACGAAAAACCGGUCACUGGUUCUUAACCGGUAUCCUUUCUUCUGUUUUCAUCGCAACGUACUGAGAGGCAAUAUCUCUCAGUAUUCAGACGACAAGUCUCUUUAGUUUUUAAAUCGCGACUCUCACAACAAAGUAAGCCAAAAUUAGGAACAGUCCAAAUUGGUCGUCCCGGGAGACUCCCUUGGGACGGGCGAAAAGAUGCUGUUCCAUUUUUGAACAAAAAAUGUUAAUUAUGGAUCCCUUUAAUUAACAUGUUUCUUAACAAAUGAGAGCAUAUUUUGAGACGAGCCUCAGGUGUUACUAGAUAUAUUUCACACCAUUGCCAUCCCAUGUGAAGAAGAGAUCUCCCAUCUUCAUCCUCUCCUCCAAAAAACCGACCUGCUUGGUUUCUGUCCAAGAUUUGUUUCAAGUUUUAUGUUGUUGGUGACAUCUCUUGUUCCACCGACCAAAUGAUAAUUCCCGAAUGACGGAAUGAUCCACACGCGCGAAUAAAUAAGAAA